CUAACUGGACCAAGCAAGCCAAGUCGAGGUUGUGCCACGUGCAAGAAACGCAAGAUCAAAGUGGGUAAGCAGGAUUUCGUUUAUUAUGCAAAGUCACUCACGGAUUCACAGUGCGAUGAAGGUCGACCCACAUGCACACAGUGUGAGAAGAGUUCGCGAGUAUGCUUGGGCUACAAAGAUGAAGCGGACUAUAUCUUCCGGAACCAGACAGAGAAGGUGACCAGUAGAGUCACAAAAGCAAGAAAGCCGCGAGCAUCCAGAUCUCCUGAUUCGACAAGUAGCAAGAGCGGAAGUGUGAUAGUACGUGCAAAGGUCGAUAGAACUGAUGUCUCGACCGAUAUGCCAACCACCUUCAUGGACUCUCAUUUGGAGUCAAAUACCCACAACCAGAUAAUGCUCAGACAGGGGCUCUCACAAAUGGGUCUUGCAGCCAGGACGACUAUCUGUCAGCAGCCUACCUUUUCAAUCGAAGAAGAAGUCGUCCAGGUGUACUUCAGAAAUUUUGCUCGACUUUACAGAACCCAAGAUACCGUCAGUGGAUUUCUUCCCUUCCUGGCUCCAAUGUAUAGCAAUGCCGCAAAGGAUUCGUUGCUACAGACUGCUACUCACGCAGCAGCACUGUGCGCUAUUUCUCAAUUACCAAAUCAGGAGCAUUUGCAUUACCGCGCAGCCGAUACCUAUGGCAAGGCUAUGCGAAUUGCUGCUGGGGCCCUCCAAGAUCCAAUGCAAGCAACAUCAGAUGAGACUUUGCAAGCGACUUUGUUAUUGUCUCUUUACGAGGCUACAAAUCAUUCCAUCGAUGCAUGGUCAAAUCAUGUAGACGGUGCUAGUGCCAUCGUCCAAAGCAGAGGGAUGGAACAACUUGAGAACGAGCAAAGUUUGGCACUCUUUCGUGCGGCGAGAACACUUGUUCUCAUCAAUUGCAUAAGACAAGGCAAGCCUAGCAAGCAGCUCGAGGCAGGAAUGAACUGGUUAUGCGACACGACCGAGGAUGAUCCACUGGCCUAUCUUACUCACUGUACCAUCGAGCUUCCGUCGUUGAUGGAAAAGACCCGACGUGUCUGUGAGCGACAACGAGAUGCCGAGAGCAUGGCAGAUAUGGAAGUGCUGAUCGAACGAGCCUGUCAUCUGGAAGCGACCAUGCAAAACUGGGCGGCAUCGUUGUCUGACGAAUGGCUACCAUACACAAUCGACUACAUACCCGAGAAGCCAGCAGACCCCCUGAAUGCGGAUGCAUGGGUCGGCCCUGUCCACGCCUUCGUCGACGGAUACAAGGCCGGCGUGCUAAAUAAGCUACAUUCGUGUCACAUGCUCUGUGCACAGGUGAUUCUGAACGGACUUGAAUGGUUACGACCAUACGACUAUCCCAUGGACGAUCGCUACAUACAUACGCGGUGGAUCGAACAACGUACUGUCGAUGAUAUCUGCUCGAGUGUUCCAUUCUUGUUGGGAAUGGGGAAGCAGGCAGCACGAACACCGGAUCAAAUGGACACGAUAGUCGAUUUGAUAGGUGGCUACUCACUCAUCUGGCCUCUCACUGCAGCUUCAAGUUGCCCUCGGAUAUCGAAGGAUCAAUGGCUGUAUAUCUAUGGCCGUCUUGCAAAGAUAGCAAAAGAGUGUGGACUAGAGCAGGCUCUCCUCCUUUCUUCUGAUCGCAAGGACCAGUUUGUGCCCAGCGCAUGA